AUGGCGACAUGCCUACUAGUAUCGACGACGUAUGCUGCAUCACAUCAUCUUGAUGAUUUUGCCAUUCUAGCACAAAUAUUACUAAAUGUAAACACAUCUUGGCACACCAUAUAUAACUUUAUCUUUUAUCAACUUAAUCAUUAUCACAUACAAAAUGUUACUGACAAAAUGGAAAAGUUUUGCAAUGUAAUAAAGGCACAUGAGGAAGUUGUUAUUCAACGAUAUAUCGACAAGUGUGCUGUAUUCUAUGGUGCAUCUAUGUUUACUUUUUAUCUUGUCACGUUUGCAAUAAUCACAUUGGUACCUCCUAUGACGCAUAGACCGUUUCCAACAUUAGCCGAAUAUCCAUUUAAUGUAUCUUAUCAACCACUAAAAACAAUAAUCUAUAUACAUCAAUCUAUGGUCGGUAUAAUGAUGGCAGCACAAUUAAGCACAAAUGUUUUUAUCUCUCUGUUGCUCUGGUUUGCAUCAGCAAGAUUUGAGAUAUUGAGCGAAGAGCUGAAAAAAGCAACAGAUUUUUAUUCGUUGUUCCAAUCUAUUAAAAAGCAUCAAGAAUUAUUCAA